GUUAAAUGCGUUCCAUGUUCCAUGUUUUGAUGUGAUUCUUUUUUUUAUAUCAAAACAAAUCUGUCAUCCAAAAAAAAAAUACGUUUCUAAAUUUAUUUAUCUAGUCAGCGAUAAUAAAGAAUUUCAACGCAAGGGAUAUGUAUAAUCCUGAUUUACAAGUUAGAUGUAGAGAAAAAAAAUUUUUACCUUCAAAAACACCAAGAAGUAGAGCAUCAUUGCCAAGAUUAUCCGACGAAAUGUCAUAUCAACGAAAGUUUCACUAUAAUCACGAAUUUAAUAAUUCAGAAUCAUCAAACAGUAAUUAUAGUGAUGAAAGUGAUGACAGUGAUAAUAGUAACACUGACAAUGUAAAUUCACAUUCUUCAUCACUAUCAUCAAAAACACCCUCACCAAAUCCUCAAAGAAACAAAAAUUAUUCUUCAACUAUUAAAAAAAGAAGGAAUUCCACAAAAUCCAAUCAAAGUUCAAAUAGCACAAAUAAAAAUGAAUUCACUUUAAGUUUAAAUAAUACAUCAAAAAAUAAUGAAUCAACUAAUAGCAAUUUAUUCAUUAUAAUAAUAUCUGUAUUUAUUAUUAUUGGAUUAUUUUUCAUUUUUCCAGAAAUGCAAAAAGUUUUUGCCAUUAAUAAUAAUAAUAAUAAUAAUAGUACGCCAGAAAGUAGAGAGAAAAUUUUAAAAAAUGUUGAAAAUGAAAUACGUGAAUUGAAAAAAGAAUUUCGUAAUCAGGAGAAAAAAAUUUGGCCCGAAAUUUAUUCGGGUAUUAUUGAUGUUAUUAAUAAUCCAACGAGGCCAUCGAUAUUUGUCUUAUUUGCUGAUCGUAAUGAUUUAAUGAGUUGUUUGGCAUUGACAAUCGGUGAACUUGGUAGAAUGGCUUUUGGAACUGAAAAAAGUCUCACAGUUAAACCAACACAAUUAAACAGUGACACUGGCGAUGUUAUUGAUAAAUUACGAUUGGUUAUUCCUCAACGAAAAUCUGUAAUCUUUUGGGAUUUUUUGAGCAUAAACGAUAAAGCCUUAAAGGCUUUUCACUUUAUUUGCGAUAGGGAGAAUCCUUUGGUUCAACAAGCCAUUUAUGUGAUUACUGUGAAAGCCGAAGGUUAUCAUGAAUCUGAAAAUCCUUUACGAUUUAUAGAAAAUAAAUUGAGAUCAAAUUUAACUGGAAGAAUUAAAGAGGACUCUCUAAUGCCACUAAUAACGAGAAUCACUGAUGGACCUAUUAUCUCCGUGAAACCAGAAUUUAAUAUGCAAUGUAAAUUUAAAAAUACUCUUGAUUAUUAAUUGACAGUAGAAAAAAUCACAUCUCUAUUUUUUUUUUCUCGUGUGUUAAUUAAAAAUUUAUUCUGAAUUUUAGUUAUAAUAAUAAUAUUUUUCACUUUUUGUCGACACUGCAAUCAUAUUAUUAUUCAAAACGUCGCAUAUUUGAUUUUUUUUUCAUUAACUUUUCAGAUAUUAGUUGUUUAAUUGUAUAAAUUGUUUCUCUUCGUAAUUAUCCUAAAACCAAAAUUUCUCAAGUUUAAAAUUUGUUAUUAGCUUUAAGAAAAUUAUAUUUAUUAAAAUGUAAAGACUUUUUUUUUUAAUUUUUUUUUUUAAUGUGUACAAAAAAAGUGAGAUAUUUUGUCGUAUAUUGUUUCUUAAUUGUUAAUAUUUAUAAAACCUAAUUUUCGAUUAAUUUACAACUUAUGUGAUAAAAAAAAAUCGUACUUUUCUUUUAAUAGCAAAAACUCAAUUAGAUUGCUUAUGAAUUAUUAAAGAUCUGAAUUUCUUGUGAUAAAUAAACAUAAAUUAAUUUUUCUAAUUUUGAGUAAUUUUAGACACCUUUAAAUUUUAUAAAAUUUAGUAAUUUUAACAUAAAUUAUGUAUUUUUAAACUUCUUUUCUAUUUUUCCAGUUUAUUAAUUUUUUACUCAAUUAAUUUAUUAUUAUUAUUUUAAUUAUAAUUUUCAUUCAUUUUACAAUAAUUAAAAAAAAAAAAUAAGGAAGUGAAAAAAACGCCAUUUUUUUUUUUAUUUUUAUUUUAAGAGACGAAUUUACUUUCAAUAAGGCAUUACAAAUAAUAUUUAACUUUUUGUUUUUAUUAUCGAAAUCUAAUAUACUAAUUGCACAGUCUAAAUUAAAAUUCUAAUGCAAUAAAAUCAACUUUAUUUCCUUCUUAACGAAUGAUUAUACAGAGAGAAUGCAAUGCCUUUUAUUUAAUAAUAAAAUUGACGGAAUUAUAAUUUCUCAACAAAAAAAAAAAAAAAUUAUAUAAUGUAAAAUUAAUCAUACGCAUAAUUAAAGAAAAAUUUAAUUAUUGAAAGAAUAAUGUUUGUUAUUCAAAGUUGACGCAUGUAAUUUAAAUACUGUGUAAUUAGCUUUUUGACCUAUUGUCAAAUUUCGAUAAAUAGAUGAUAAAAUGAAAAAAAAGUAAACUCAAAAAUUUCGAGGCAUACACAAAAAAAAAUAUAAUUAAAAUAAUUCAAAAUUGAAAAAAAAAUCAAAAUAAUUUCACGAUUCUUUUUUUUAUGGUUUCUUUUUUCUUUUCUGUUUCAAAUAAUAUUGAUAGAAAGUAUAACAUGAAAUUUAACGUUUCAUCGAACAAAUUAUAAAUAUAUAAUAUAAUUGCGUUGUGUAACUGUCGGCAGUCCUCGUAAUGUUACAAAUACCGUCUUCAAUCACAAAAAAAAAAAAAAAAAUUAAAAAAAAAGGAAAAAAAAUUUUAUAGAAAAAAAAAAUCGCCUCGUUGCCAUUUAACAAAAUAACUUUGUACAAGAAAAUUAUUACCUAGGUAUAUAUUUCUCUAAAUUAAAAAAAAACCACUGCAUUGGAUAUUUGAUUAUUUAUCCAAUAACACGAUAACAAACAUCAUUUUUUUUUCUUUCUAAUAUCGAAAGACCAAUACAAAAAAAAUAACAUUAACAAUUAUAUAAUAUAUAUAGUGAUUAAUGCGCGUCUUUCGACUAUAAACAAAUUCUGACAUUGUCAAUUGACAACGAGGCAUCUACUCAAAUUAAUCCUAUAUAAUGAAGAAAAAAAAAAUUCGGCAUUCAUGAAUUAUCUCACGAAAAAUUGUAUUUUUCAAUUGAUUUUUACGUUCUUUUUAAUUUAAUGUAGAUGUAAAUUCAAUUUUAUCGAAAUUAAUUAAAUAUCGAUAUAAAUAAAAUUUAUCUAAAAAUUUUCCCUCUCCCUCUAUUUAAAAAAUUGGAUCAAUUGAAAAUUGUUACAAGAAAAAUUUGAAUUUCGGAGAUAAAUUCAGUCAUCCUAAAAAAAAAAAUUUUCUUUUUAGAAAACGGCAAAAAUUUUCCCAUAGUACAAAGAAAAAAAAAAUCUUAUUUCUUUUUAGCAAAGCAAACAGAUGAGUGAUUCUCUAAUAAUAAUACAAUAAUUUUUGUUAAGCUCCGUCGAAAUAAAAGUCGGUAACUAAAUGUAGGUUGUUUUCUAUGUAUAGUGCUCGUAUUAAUAUAGUAAUAGUAUCGUCGAACCUAAAUAAUAAAUACAUUUUAUACAGUCAUAAAGUCAUUCAUACAGAAUGUCCAAACUUGCCAUUUUUUUUUUUUUUUUUAAAAAAAACGUUCCCCGAUUUGUGAAAAUACAAAUUAGUAACGAUUUUGUUUCUUAAGUUUUUGUUUUCAAUUUUUUUUUUACUAUGAAAAAAAGAAUUUAAUUUAUUUAUAAAAUAUGAAAUAUUAAAAAGAAAAAUUCUUUCUUAUUGACAAAUAUUCUUAUAAAUUAAAAAUUAAUUUCUUUGAUCUAUUUAAUUGUAAGGGCAUUCUGUAUAGAAGGACUUUCUCCUUUCAAAAAAUUACGAGAUAUUUACAGUAAAAAAGUUUAAUUGGUCAUGUUUUCAUUUCUUUUUUUUUCCUACUUAAUGUAAGAGUUGAGUACCGCGUUGCGUAUUUCUUGUCCAGUGAUUGGCUACGUAGUCGCGUACUUCAGUCAAUCAGUGUCUUGCAACAAAAAAAAGUCCUGCAAGUUCUCUGUUUUCAUUUUCUUUUUUUUCGUUUUUUUUUCUUUUAUUUAUUCCGUAAUUCACAGUCAGUCUAAACGUCAAACUUGAUUGUGUUUCUGCCUCAGUAUCUUUUAUUAUUAUUAUUAUUAUUAUUAUUUUAUUAAUCAAUCGCAAUCAUUUAUUUUUCAAUUCAAUGACGAUACAAGAGAUGAAAUUCAAUUUUUUUUUUUCAAAAUUAAUUUCAAUUAUUAUUUAAAUUUGAUAAAUAUUUUUAUGAAUUUUAAUAAAAAAUAUUUUAUUUUCAAUAUUAAAUUUCAUUUACGUUUUAAAUUUAAUAGAAAAAAUUGUUAAUUGUAAUUUUUUUCUUGAGAAAUAAAAAUAGUUUUUUUUUGUAUAAAAUAAAUUAUUUAAAGGGAGAAUUUUUUUUAAAAAGAAAUAUUUCUUUUCAAUAAAAAAAGUGUAUUGAAUAAAUCGUAAAUCUUGUUUUGAAAAUUAAAUUUCCAAGUAUCGUCAUUGUGACUUACAUUUUCCCAAGUGUGUGUGUGUGUAUGUGUAUUUUUUUAGUACCUAACAGAUUCUACUUAAACCUAAAGUUUAUUUAGUUUUUUUUUUUUUUUUUUUUUGUUUUACUGAAACCUUGGUUUUUUUAAACACCUAGUUGGUUUAACCAAAAAUUAAAAGAAAAAAAAAACAAA